AAUUAAUCGGAGAGAGAAUGAAAACUGAAACCCUGAAAGUCACAGGUGAUAGAAAUCUGAAAUAAAAUUGGAAUUUAAGAAAAACCAUUGACGAGGAUCUCCAGGAGGAACCAAUCAGAAAUAAAGAUUAUCUCAACCAAUUGAAUCGCGUGGUCACCACCCAAUCAGAGCACCUGGACUCUACUCAGAGCCAAUAGGAGGGGGCCGACGAUUAACAGCCAAUAAUAGGCGAGCUGGUGUCGCUAGGCGACCAAUCGGUAUUGCGGAGACCAGUUGGCCAAUAGCAAGGCGUAUUCCCUGAACCAAUCGGAGGUGGCGUCUAGUUGCCAGGGCGACGAUGGGGCCAGAGACGAGUGCGCGGCCUGGACUGGCAGGAGAGCGCCAGUUAUUCUGGCUGCGGCAGAAACAUCGCACCACUAAAAGAAGACACUGCAGGUCUGAGAGAAAAUGCCCCAAAUCCCUGUCACGGAUCAGAAAAGGGAAAAGACAAAUUAAAAUUUCAGGAGUAAGGAGAAAGUCCCUUCGCCAGAAGUGCAAAAGAAUGAAUGCUUCUGGGGGUGAGAGUGAUUUUGAGGAGGAGUCAGCUGAUGAGGACGAGAGUCUGGCUGAGGACUCAGAAGAUGAAAUUGAGCCAGUUCAGAAACAACCUAAUGUGCUGAAAAAGAAUGUAGCAGGCAGAGAUUUGGGAUUACGCAUGAAACAGAGUAAACAGCUGGGAGACCGUGAGGGACUUCACAAGCAAGAACAGAUACUAAUCAAUCAGAAAACUGAGGGAAAUAACAAAGCUAUUAAAGAUGAAAUGCUCAAGAAAAAAAAGAAGAAGAAAAGGAGGUGUAUUGGAAUAAAUCUGCUUAACUGCAAGUAUGAAAGUGUUCGUCGUGCAGCUCGUCGAUAUGGACUGAAGGAGGUUGGAGAUGAUGAAGAGUGCAUCUUGUUCUGGACUGACUCCUCUGUUUCUCAUGAAAAAGUCAUGGAGAUUAAAAAUUUUCAGAAGAUCAAUCACUUUCCCGGAAUGAGCGAGAUUUGCAGGAAAGAUCUACUGGCACGAAAUUUGAAUAGGAUGCUGAAACUCUUCCCGAAGGAGUAUAACAUCUUCCCACGAACGUGGUGUUUACCUGCCGAUUUUGGGGAUUUUCAGGCCUACUGCAGAAUGAAGAAGACCAAGACGUAUAUCUGUAAACCAGACUGUGGGUGCCAGGGCCGGGGGAUUUUCAUUACUAGAAACUUAAAGGACAUUAAACAAGGAGACCGUCUGAUCUGCCAGCAGUAUAUUUCCAAGCCUUUCCUCAUAGAUGGCUUCAAAUUUGACCUCCGUAUCUACGUCUUGGUUACAUCCUGCGAUCCCUUUCGAAUCUAUAUUUACAAAGAGGGACUGGCAAGGUUUGCAACCAGCAAGUACAAUGAACCUUCACACAGUAACUUGGAUGACAUCUGCAUGCACUUGACAAACUAUGCCAUCAACAAGCACAGCAAGAACUUUGUCAGAGAUGGGGACGGGAGCAGCAAAAGAAAACUGUCCUCAUUCAACAAAUGGUUAGAGCAGCGUGGACAUGACAUAACAAAGGUUUGGGCAGACAUUGAAGAUGUCAUCAUUAAGACUCUAGUUUCAGCCUAUCCGAUCCUAAAACAUAAUUAUCGGACUUGUUUCUCCAGUCGCCUCUUUGGAAGUGCCUGCUUUGAGAUAUUAGGAUUUGAUAUCCUAAUGGAUCGCAAUUUGAAGCCGUGGCUCUUGGAGGUGAACCAUUCCCCCAGUUUCACUACAGAUUCCAAGCUAGACCGAGAGGUGAAAGACAACUUGCUGUAUGAUACUAUUUGUCUGAUAAAUCUUGGAGCAAGUGACAAGCAAAAGGCAGCAGAAGAGGAGAGACGCAGAGUGCAGGAGCGCUUGUGGAACCGCCAGACAACUCGCGAAUUAAGACGGGAGCAAUAUGAAAACCACCAGUUAGCCUGGCUUCAGCAGGCAGAAAAAUAUGAAAAGGAACAUCUGGGAGGAUUCCAGCGGAUUUACCCAAAAUCCAACUCUGAAAAAUAUGACAAUUUCUUUAAACAAAGUGGAUCACUCUUUCAAGAAACAAUCGCUUCCAGAGCAAGGGAAGAAUGUGCCAGGCAGCAAUUGGAGGAGAUCCGGCUGAAAAAUGAACCAAAGGAACAAUUGGCAAAGGGGAAGAAGAAAGAAGGAAAGGACACCAGCCUGCAAGGAGAGUCAGGAGGCGAGCCGCAAAUGCUUGAUGUACUCUCCAGGAAGAUCCGAGGGGACUCAACCUACAGGAAAUUAAAGAAAGAGGUAAUAAGGAUUGAUGGUAAUGUCAUACAGAAAGCCAACACAAAGGGCACCUGGGAAUCUUCCCAGCAUUGGAACUUGCAAAAUGUUCCUUGGAGGAGCAUAGUUCGAUACUGGAUGCAGCGUCCCAGGUUCCAAUGCUCCCAGGCACCAACUCAGACAUUAGUACUCUGCAUUGAGUUAGAGAGUCAACCAAAAGGGUCUGCUUCUGGUGAAAGAUCUGGCUAAAGUGAGCAUCAGCAACAGAUACUGGUGGCACAGCAGCAGAGAACCAAUUCAGCUCACUGGAGGUGAUGUCCAUGCCCAGCACUACUGGGUAUGACAGACUGUCAAGGAUCCAGACAAGAAAAUAACACUGUAUCCCUGACAUAGGCAGUUAUAGCAGGUAUAGGCAGGCCUGCUAAAGUUGCUUCAGCACAAUCACUGGGUUAUAGAGAAGUCUGCUUUCUGUCUGUCAUUUCACAUUGUAAUCACCACUAUCAGUUCUCACUGGCUAUCUCAGGGACAUACAACUAGGCCUUCACAAGAGAGUGAGCAUCACUACACUCUGGAGCUAAGGCGGAAUCUGGAGAGACAGCUGGUGGAAUUUAAAUUCGAUUAGUAUUCUGGAAUUAACAACUACUGUCUGUUUCAUGGUUAACAAUGUCUGGUUCACCAAUGUCCUUUAGGGAAGGAAAUAUGCUGUUCUUACUCAGUCUGGCUUACAUGUGACUCCAGACCCACAACAGUUGACUCAUAACUGCCCUUUGCAAUCACUUAGCAAACCACUCAGUUAAAGGCAAUUGGGAUGGACAACCAGUGCUGACCUUGCUGAUAACGCCCAUCCUAUAAAAGAAUGCAUUAAAAAAAGCUGUUAUGCAGUCAUUAGGCUCCAUCUCUGAGAAAGAGAGACAGCCUGGAAGGGUUGGUGGGUCAAAUGGGCAGCAACUUUAAAGGAGUCACUGAUCGCCUGCAGUCUGCUCCCCCACAGAUCGGUGAGACUGAUGAGUGCAUCACCCAAUGCCCACCCCAGGUACAAUUUAGCACAUUGGAUGCAAUAUGUGUUGCUUUCUCUCAGGAUGCCAGCACACAUGCUCCUUUGCUAUGCUGUCAACCUUUCAUGAUUACAGAGCAUUCAAUGCGACAGACUGCCCAGGCCACCACAUGGUGCAGCAGUCUCACCUGGGACAUCAUGGGCUGAACUACCCAGAGGCCACCAGGCUUAAAAAUGUGUUGCUAAGCAGUCCUCACUUUCUCCUAGAGGUCACCAGGCACCAGCAUCUCAAAGCUACCUGCAUGAACAAGAGAAACCUACAUUCAUUAGGAGUUGCACAGUUAGGAAGCAUCCUAAUAAAGAAGAUUCAUUGGUUGACAAUUAAUGAUGAAUGACCGGAAGGCAAUGAUGGUCUCUGGAAUUAAAUUCUAUGCAUUUUGUAGUUUCUGGGUCUGUAUGUCAUUGAGUCAACCUGUAAGGGAAUGUCAUUUCAUAAAAUUAUUAAAUGACUGCUGAAAGAAGUAACAAAGACAGUUAAUGCUGAGAGUAAUCUUGAUUAACUGUUCAGAGGAAGGGGUGAGCAUGUCGUUGGAAGUGCCAAUCCAUGCAUUUCUGGCUGAGAUGUUGUGCUGGACUCCCUUUGCUUUCACCACACACACCCCAAUCAAGCCAUGCACUAUUGCUGUGGCUGAGUGGGUAGCACUUUUGCCUCUGAGUCAGAAAAUUGUGGGUUCAGGUCCUCAAGACAGAGACUUCACCACAAAUGCAGGUUGACUUUCCAGUGCAGGAGUUUCCAGUGUCGGCGGUGUUAUCCUUCAGGUGAGAUAUUCAACAGGCUCCAACUACUCCAGCUGAACACAGUUAAUCCCUGGCUGUGUUUUGAAGAAGAGCAGGAGAGCUAUUCUGUGUCCUUGACUAAAAACCAAACUUAUGGGUAUUAUUAAAUUGCUGUUUGUGGAAGUUUACUGUGCACACAUUGGCUGCUACAUUUCCUACA